CUUCUUCAUAUAUAUAUAAACAGAUAUUUAUUGAUGCCUCCUAAAAAAAAACUCAAGGUAGCGUUGGCCAAAGUACUUGCUCAAGCUGAAAAUAGACGAAUCCAACAAUACAAGAAUCAAACAUAUGAUGAAAAUCGACUACGACAGAAACAAAAUGCAUACAUGAAAUCAAAUGGGAUCAGUAAGAAGGCCUUGAAGAAACAACGAAAACAAGAGAACACGACAGAAGAACAAGCAACAACUGAAACAAACGUAAAAGCAGACAUACCCAGACCACGACCUCUUAUCAAGUUCCAUGACUAUGAUCGAGUUUUAUUGAUCGGUGAAGGUAAUUUCUCGUUUGCAGCAUCGUUGGUGAAUCAAUACUAUCUCUCUGGUGCAGAACGAUUGACAGCGACAUGUUUCGACAGUGAACAAGUGCUUUAUGAAAAAUAUGGGGAUGAAGCCAAGGAAAAUGUGGAACUGGCACGUACUAUGGGAGCUACUGUUUUAUUUGAUGUGGAUGGCACUAAAUUAGAUAAGAACAAGUUGAUCAACAAGGACAAGUACAGCAAGAUCAUCUUCAAUUUUCCUCAUGCUGGUAAAGGGAUCAAGGACGAGCAACGUAAUAUCGAAAGCAAUCAGGCUUUACUGACUGAUUUUUUCAAGGCGGCUACUCCUCUUUUAACUCAUCAAGACGAUAAACAGACGGAUACGGGUUAUGAUCAUGAUGAACGCGAUGAUACAAAAGUGGAUGGCGAAAUCUAUGUGACGGUCAAGACAGGCAAACCUUAUGAUGAAUGGAAAAUAAAGUUUGUGGCCAAGUGGACUGGAUUAUUGGCGUUAAGAACAAGUAUACCUUUUAGACCUAGUGACUAUCCUGGUUACUGUCAUCGACGUACGAUUGGCUUCAAGAAGGGUAUCAGCAAAGAAGACAACGAAGAAAUCAUGAAGUCGGAUCCAAGAACUUUUAUUUUUGUACGGAAACAGGUCAUGGAUGUGGAAAUCGAAAAGGCAAAACAUGGCAAGAUAGUCGCUGCCAAACAGCGAGCUGCUGGAAAGAAGGCAAAGAAACGUGGUCGACAAGAAGAAGGUGAUGAUGAAGAGGAUGAAAAUUAGAUUUAGUUUGAUAGAGUAGUUGGUUUUUUUUUUUUAUAUUAUAUCUUUUUUUUUUUUUGUAUUAUCAUCAUUAUCAAAAUAUAGUUCUUAUUCUUAGUUUAUCAUAGUUUUUUUAUUAUUCUCUAUCUCUCUAUCUUUUUUUUUUAUUUGUCUCUACGUAUGUGUAAAUAAAAC